AAUGUGUGUCAACAAAAAAGUGCGGAGUAAUGAUUACUUGGUUUGCCCGGUGGUUAAGCUUUUGAAACUCAAGGAUCCAGGCAUCCAGCUUCGUACAUGUGAGUGGAUUUCGCUCUUUAAUUUAUUGCUUCUGAUAACGAACAUAUGAUCUCUAUAAACGCCUAGAAUUGAAUCUGGAUUUCUGAUGCGUUGUUAUCUCUAUAUGUGAUUGAGAUUAUCUUAAUCGCCGUGUCUAAGUUCGCAUAUCUUAGUAGAUUUUUAUCUGAUAAUAUUUGUUCUUUAAUUGCAUAUAUUCAAGCUGCUGCUUGGAUGAUGGCUACGGGAAGCAUGGAUCGAUUCAGUGAACUUCCCUCGGAAAUACUUGACAAGAUAUUGGGAUUAUUGGACAUUCAAGAAGCUGCUAGAAUGGCCGUUUUAUCUACCUUCUGGAGAGAGAUGUGGUUCAAUCUUACGGAUCUCAAUUUUGGUUGUAGCUUCUUUUAUCACAUUUGGAAGAAGUAUUCAUCUGCUCACAGUCAUUUCAGGACCAAAACGACAAAAACUGAAACUACAAAUAGUGAUAUCUUGACCUCUGCUGGUAUGUAUGUAGUCAACAAAGUUCUCACAGAGCACAAAGGCCAUAUUCGCAAAUUUGAAUUUUCUUUUUUUCAUCAUGGAAGGAUUUCACUUGCAUCACGGUCAUUUGACAUUGAUCAAUGGCUCCUUUUGAUCACGCGAAAAGGGGUUGAAGAACUUGACAUUGAUUUUGAACGAAAUGGAAAAGAUGAAUACUCGCUGCCGAAAUGCAUAUUGUCUUGUCCAACGCUCAAGAGAUUGUGGCUCCGUGGAGUCUCUGUUGGACCACUAAAUAUGCCUUGCAUAUUACCAAAUGCCACUUCACUUUCUUUUCUAAAUGUUAAAUUUGAGCCUAAUGAUGCUCUAGAUUACAAGGUUAAUGUUCCUAUGCUCGAGAGUUUGUUGCUUAUCGGAUGUGAUAACAUGUUCAGUUUUAACAUAACUGCACCGAAACUCUGUAAGCUAAUAUUCCAGUCUUGCCGGUAUGACCAGUGCCGUGGUUUUCUACCAGUUCACUUGGAGUUGGGAUCUCUCUGUUUUCUUAAUUUAGAUGCCCUUUCUCUCAAGGUAGUUAGUCCGUUUUUUCCAACUACUCCAGACUGCAUAUUUACUUAGAAUGCCUGACAGAAACUAGUCUAACACUAUUCGCUGGUUUCUUAGAAAUUUGUUGAAGACUUCCCAAGCAGGGGACCACAACUACAACCACAUGAACUAAAUGUGGAGUACCCCUGUUUAUCAAAUCCAUAUAAUGAAGUUGAUGUUUCUUCUGCCUUCAUUCAUUUGUUGAAAUUAUGUCCAAAGUUGCACGAAAUUCAUAUGGAUAUGGCGUUUGUUGAAGCUCUGAGAGAUUGUUUAUGCACAAAGUCAGAUAAUUCAAAGGAACUUUAUCGCGUGGCUGAAACACACCACAUGCUUCACACUUUAAGUAUUGACUUCUUUGAUGCAUGUGAGAAUUAUCCGGCUUUGGUCAAGGGGCUAGUUUCCUCCUUUCCAACACUUGUGAAGUUUGUCAUAAACGACUUCGACUCUGAAUUUAAUCAAAAGAUUCUGGAAUUUCCCACAAAGGUUGAAAUGAAGGUUGUUAUUGAAUGAUUUCUGGAUUGUGUGAUUGGCAGUGUGUAGGCAUUGUGUUUGGCAUUUGCUAAUUGCUAUCAUUUCAAUUCUAUCAAUGAUUUCUUGAUAGUGUAGCCAAUUAUGGUUAGACACUAGUUUUCGCUACAAACUCUAUCAAGUUACCAGUUUAGUAUAAGUAUUGUUUUGCUGUAAACCUGUUAAUGCUACUUUGGAAGUACUGUAAUAACUACUACUCCGUACAAGUUAUAUCAGUCGAGGUAUGUUCCAAUUCCUACUUAAACAUCAAGAUGAAUGAAAGU